CUCCUUCAACUACAUCUAUAAUGUCUUGUCUUUGUGGAAAAUUCCAUGCAAGAUUUAUUUCUUCUAAUAAUACUAAUUACUCUAUUCCUACUGAAUCGACACUUAUUAAUACAAAGAAACCUAACAAAUCUACUUCUUAA